AUGGUGAAGCCGGGCAAGAAAACGAGCAGGGGGCGCCAGAAAAUUGAGAUCCGCCGCAUCGAGAAGAAGGAGAGCCGCCAGGUCACCCAGUGCAAGCGCAAGGGCGGGCUCCUAAAGAAGGCCUCGGAGCUCCACCUCCUCUGCGGCGCCCAUGUCGCCAUCAUCGUCUUCAAGAGAACGGAGCCCGAGGGAAAGGAGGUGCCCGUCGCGCGCCGCGGCAAACGCGACGACGGCGGCAUUGCCUUCGCGAUGGGCACCCCCUCCGUCGACCACGUCCUCCGCCGCUGUACCCUGCUCCACGCCGGCGAGGGCCUCACCGCGGUCGAGGACGUGGGCGCCGUCGCCGCCGAGCGUGCCGUUAUGGAGGCGAGAGCGCGGGAGACGGAGCAGACCAGGGCGCUCGUGGAGGCGGAGAAGGCGCGGAACGACGCCAUCGGGGAGAAGGUGCUGCAGGCCGUGGAGGUGUCCGGGAGGCGGUUCUGGUGGGAAGUGGACGUCGGGGUGCUUGGCGAUGCCGAGCUGCCGGUCUUCACUUCGCAGCUCCAGCGCCUCAGGGAGAGCGUGCAGCUCCAAGCCAACAAACCUCAGACCUCUGCUACGCCGGCGGCGGUGGCGGCGCCGUGGCAUCAGCUGGGAUAG